AUGUCUUCUACUACCACAACAACACAAACAACGUCUCAGGUGGAGACCAAGGUGACUUCCAAGCUCCUUGGCAUGAGGGUCAAUGGAAAGCAAUGGAAGCAGCCCAAGAAGGCCUUCCGUCCCGGCUCCGGCUUGACCUCGUUCGAGAAGCGCGCAAAGGAUAGGCAGUUGAUGGCGGCCGUCAAGGCUAAGGAGAAGGAGCUUAAGGAUGAGAAGGAGGCGGAGCGCAAGAGACGCAUCCAAGCCCUCAAGGAGAAGCGGGAGAGAAAGGAGGAGAAGGAGCGCUACGAGAAGAUGGCCGAGAAGAUGCACAAGAAGAGGGUGGAGAGGCUCAAGCGCAAGGAGAAGCGCAACAAGCUUAUCAACUCCUGA